AAAAUAAAUAAAAAAAAAAAAAAACCUCAAACAUGUAGGUAGUUGUUAUAUAAGAUGGAGAGGGGCCGUCACAAGUCUCAACAAUGCUAAUCUUCCAUUCUGCCUCUAUUUCUAUCUCUACUUUCUCUCUCUAGAACUCACCAAAUCCCUUCAUACUCUUUGCAACAUCAACUGUCUCUGUUAUCAAUUACUACUAAUUCACAAAUUACGUGCAUUUUCCACCAUUUUUAAUUAACUUAUACAAAAAAAACGGCUGAAAACAGGGGAAGUUUAAUUUCUGAUAACACCCAGAAAAUUUGUGAAAAAAAAACCCAGAAAUUUUAAGAAAUUUGCAGUAAAAUUUGGAGAAGAUGAAGUAUGUUCUUGUGACAGGAGGUGUUGUUAGUGGACUGGGGAAAGGGGUUACUGCUAGUAGUAUUGGGGUGCUCCUUAAAGCUUGUGGUCUUCGUGUUACUUCUAUUAAAAUAGAUCCUUAUCUGAAUACAGACGCAGGAACUAUGUCACCCUUUGAGCAUGGUGAAGUGUUUGUUUUGGAUGAUGGAGGCGAGGUGGACCUAGAUCUUGGUAAUUAUGAGAGAUUCUUAGACAUCAAGCUGACACGCGAUAAUAAUAUAACAACUGGGAAGAUAUACCAGUCUGUCAUUAACAAGGAGAGAAAGGGAGAUUAUUUGGGGAAAACUGUUCAGGUUGUCCCGCACAUUACCGAUGAAAUUCAGUCGUGGAUAGAACGUGUUGCGCAUACACCGGUAGAUGGCCAGGAAGGCCCUCCUGAUGUUUGUGUCAUCGAAUUGGGUGGAACUAUAGGGGACAUCGAGUCUAUGCCGUUUAUUGAAGCUCUUGGACAAUUCUCAUAUCGCGUUGGUUCUGGAAACUUUUGCUUAAUUCAUGUCAGUUUGGUACCCGUUCUGAAUGUUGUUGGGGAACAGAAAACAAAGCCAACACAGCACAGUGUUCGGGGACUGCGAGGCCUGGGGUUAACAGCAGAUAUUUUGGCUUGUCGUAGCACAAUGCCUCUUGAUGAAAAUGUGAAGGCGAAACUCUCACAAUUUUGCCAUGUUCCGGGUGAAAAUAUAGUAACUCUGUAUGAUGUCCCCAACAUCUGGCACAUUCCUUUGCUUCUUAGAGAUCAAAAGGCUCAUGAAGCUAUAUUAAAAGUGCUCAACCUUAACGGUGUUGCAAAGGAGCCUGUACUAGACGAAUGGACUCGGAGAGCUCAACUUUGUAGUAUGUUGCAGCAGCCUGUGAGGAUAGCUAUGGUUGGAAAGUACACUGGACUUUCAGAUUCUUAUCUCUCUGUGCUAAAGGCUCUCUUGCAUGCCUCAGUUGCAUGUCAUCAUAAAUUACUUAUUGAUUGGGUUCCUGCUAGUGACCUGGAAGAAUCAACCAAGGAGGAGAAUCCUGAAAGCUACAAAGUUGCAUGGAAUAUGCUGAAGGGUGCAGAUGGUGUUCUAGUUCCUGGAGGAUUUGGUGAUAGAGGUGUUGAAGGGAAAAUUCUUGCCGCAAAGUAUGCCAGAGAAAAUAAUGUUCCUUAUCUUGGCAUUUGUCUGGGAAUGCAGCUUGCUGUUGUUGAGUUCGCUCGGUCUGUUCUUGGUGUACAAGAUGCAAACAGCGAAGAGUUCGAUUCAGAAACCAAAAAAACCCCGAAUCCUUUUGUUGUAUUCAUGCCAGAGGGAUCAAAAACUCAUAUGGGUGCCACUAUGCGGCUCGGUUCAAGGAGGACAUACUUCCAGGUCAAGGACUGCAAGAGUGCAAAGCUAUAUGGCAAUGCAGACUUUGUUGAUGAGAGACAUCGCCAUAGAUAUGAGGUGAACCCUGAUAUGAUUGCUCAGCUUGAGAGUUUUGGCAUGUCUUUCACCGGGAAGGAUGAAAGCGGCCAGCGAAUGGAGAUUAUUGAGCUACCCGAUCAUCCCUUUUUUGUUGGAGCUCAAUUUCAUCCUGAGUUUAAAUCAAGACCAGGAAAUCCUUCUCCUCUGUUUGUAGGUUUAAUAGCAGCAGCAACUGGACAGUUGGGUGCUUUUUUGGACAACCCUAACAUUGUACAUAAUAUGUUGCAAAGGGAUAGUCCAAAGUGCAAUGAUCACCUGUCAACGAGAUCUCAGCCUUGUAAGUCCAAGAAGGACCAAGUGAAUGUUAUUAGCAAGCAGCCUGUCUUUGUAAGUGGAGUACACAAAAGCACACAUAAGGAGCCUGUCUUAGGUAAUGGUGCAUUGAAUGACAUUCAUCCUGGAUAUGCUAAUGGAUCGAUGAAUGGUAUUCAUAAAAAGCAUGGUAAUGGGUCUGUAAAUGGCAUUUAUCUAGAACAUGCAAAUGGGUUAGCAAACGUUGUUGAUCUGCCACAUGCUAAUGGUUCAAUUAACGGUAAUUAUCCGGAAUAUAGUCAUGGUUCCCUUAAUGGCAAUUGCAAGGAUCAUGACAAUGGGUUGUCGAAUGGAGUACAUAUUGAGCAUAUAAAUGUUACCCUCAAUAGCAUCUAUAGCAAUGGUAACGGAUUUCACUAGUAAAAAAAGGAACGGAGGGUAAGAGCUCCUUUGAAGUUAGUGGCCAUGCUUGAUCAGCAGAUUUUGAUUAGCUCCUUUUGCUAGUAUUUUCAGUUUGACUGUACAGUUGAUUAGAGUAAGCUCAGGUCUUUUAGCUCUCGGGAUUCUGCGUACUAACAGUGCUGAAUCCGGUCUUUUAUUCAGGAACGGCCUGUUGUAUUUGAUGGUUGCAUUGCUAUGUAACUAAGAGGGGUUGAGGUUUUUCUUCUUUUGCUCUUUUAUUUUUUGGGUCGAUUAUGCCCUCUGUAAGCUGAAACUGGUGUAUUUCCUACUGCCUACUGGGUAUCUAUCUUGAAGAGUGAAUGUGUACCUUUUGCAUUGUACAACUUACUUUCAGGAGGCUCGAUUUGCGACUGGCUCACCUUUUGCUUUGUUUUUUUUUUCACCAAGAUGUAAUCUUUGGAACCUCUUGUUUAAUGAAUAUGUGUUUUGAGGAUUUUAUAAACAGAACUUUUCAAGAUAUGUAUCUGGUAGAUCCACCCCCUGUUUCCCCUCUUCUCA